ACUGGAUUGUGGAUGGUGUCGGUGAUGCGGAUGGCUUCACACGAACGGCACAAAGCCGCUGGAUGUUCACUGGUGGAGAAGAUCAUUCAUGCAGAGUAUAUGAGAUGCGAGUCAAUCAGCUCGUUUGUCAGAGAGUAUUUGAUAAUUUGGAUCCGGUGACUAGCGUGGUCAUUCAUGGGAACCAAGUGGAGCUUUUUAUCGCCGACCAAGCAGGCCAGUCGGCUUUUGUUUUAAUUUUCCCAUCGAAGUGCCAACGACUUGUGCAUUCUCGUGGCAGUCAAGUGUACGUCUGGGAUUUGCGACGAGAUGGGCAUAUGCAGCUGCCGAUGCCUCCUCUCUCGUAUCAAGAAUUUGUUACAAAUCUUGCCAUACAUCCCUCAGCGAACCUCCUUGCAGGGGUGACAAAUAGAGGUUAUUUGAUAGUGUGGGAUCUUAGUAACGGAUCGGAUGAAUGGGCGCAGAAGU